AUGUCAAGAAUUGCUAAUAAAAAAAAAAAAAGAAAUAGAACAUUAAGAGGAGAUAGUUCAGGAGAUGAAUCUGACAGAGAAAUAUAUAGUUUGGAUGCUGAUAUUUUAAUAAACAAGGCGUUUACAUUAUAUCGUUGCACGCCGUUUUACAAGUUUGAACUUUCUAAAUUGCACCAAUACGCGAAAGAAAUCAAAAAAUUUAUUGAAGGACAAAUGACUGGAAUUCUUCCUUUUGAUAGUUCAUUAGAUGAAUUCGAAAAUAUUAAUAUGUUGAAGGAAGGAAAAGUGACGGAUGUAGUUAUUUCAAGAAUUAAAAUACCAGAGUGGAACGUUUCAAACAAAUUGCCAAUAGGAAUAGAGAUACAAUUCAGAUCUAAAAAAUCGUCAACAGAACAAAAAUUUCAUAUAGUACUAUUUCCAAGCAUUAGGCAUGGUGAUGAUACAAAGAACAGUCCAUCAUUCAGUCAUUAUCCUCUCAUUAUUAUUAAAGCUCCACAACGAAUCACAACGAUUUUUAUCGAAUGGAUUCAAAGGCAGUUUGACUGUAGAAUUUGUCGACAUCAUUUGUUAUCUUCCAACCUAAAAGGGAUUAUUGAAGAUUCUCCAUCUGUAUCAAAACAAACUGAGCUUACAUACUCGAUUCCAAAUAUUUCUGAAAUAAAAAAUAUCACGUUAAGGAUAUCAUUUGAAGAUAUAAAACGUCUCUAUGACAGAAUAAUUCAAAAAGAUACUGAACACUCAGAAACAUUAAGCAUAAUGGAAGGAAUUGAGAACCAUUUUUUCCACUGUUUACGUAUCAAGUUUACAUCUUUAACUCUUUCCAAGAUCUCAACCAAUGUGGGCCACAUUACGUGUGAUGGAAAAUUGAAGCUAUUUAAAGUUUUUAAUUCCCACUUGACCGCAUCUUUUUUAGAAAAGUUGGUGAUUACUGCGCAAUAG